AUGGAGCAUUCCUGUAACGAUCUCGUCCUCCAUGUUCAUGGCGGAGAAGAAGAAGAAGAGCAGUACGGCCACCGAUCGCCGGCGUGCCUCGACGCCGCCGCCGCGGCCUUCCUCUCCCUGUCCGGCGGCUCGUCCUCCGAGGAACGUCGCCGGCGAGGGCGGGAGCGGUUCGAGUGCCGGACGUGCGGGCGGCAGUUCGCGACGUUCCAGGCGCUCGGCGGCCACCGGACGAGCCACCUCCGGCGGCGCCCGACGGCGGCGGCGAAGCGCCACCGGCCCAACAAGCCCGUGGCGGCCCACGCGUGCGGCACGUGUGGGCUGGGCUUCUCGACGGGGCAGGCUCUUGGAGGCCACAUGAGGCGGCACCGCCGGCCCAGUAACAGCUGUAUGGAUUCUGAUGACGUGGACCUUACGCAGAUGAUCGUGUACGAGAGGCCUCGUUCGUCCUCCUCGUUGCAGCUGCUCCACCUCUUCGUCUAGACUAGAUCAUCAUCCUCUCUACAAGUCUUCUUCUUUUUCCAUUCAGUGUGUAUUGUUGUGAUGAUGAGCAAAGCAUUUAGAAACUAAA